AGAGUACAGCAUCAGUUGAACACGCUUCUCACUCUGUGUGUGUUUCUUUCUUCAAAGAUCAUCAUAAUCAUAUACAUCAUCUAUGUCGGUUGGAUUAGACAAAAAUGAUUUCAUAGCUUGUUGUGGAAGCACUAAAUUUGCGGAACAAAUGGUGGCCGAUGGACCUUUCGCUACUUACGAAGAAGCUGUUGCUGCAGCCAAUGAUGUCUGGUUCAAUAAGGUUGAUGUACAUGGUUGGCUCGAAGCAUUUGCGGCUCAUCCCCAAAUUGGGCAAAAUCUUUCUUCUGCUGCUCACAAAAGUUCUACAAGUGUUCAGUGGAGCAAAGGGGAGCAAUCCACAGCUCUAGCCACUGCAACGGAUUCUAGCCUACAGGAAUUAUAUGAGUGGAAUUCUCGAUACAAGAAAAAGUUUGGAUUUGUUUUCCUUAUAUGUGCAUCAGGAAGAAGCACUCCAGAAAUAUUAGCCGAGUUGAAGAGACGUUUUCCAAACAGGCCAAUUGUUGAGUUUGAGAUUGCAGCUCAAGAACAAAUGAAAAUAACUGAAUUACGGCUUCAAAAGCUUUUCUCAAACAUACAAGUUUCAGCUUCAACUCAGGUCCACUCCACUGCAAGUGAUGUCACCAAAGCUGAAGAAGGUCGGGUGACCAUUUUGGGAGGGCAUCUGACGGCUCCAUCUGUAACUUCUGAUCCAAAAUCAUCUCCAAUACCUACACGGGUUCGGCCACCUAUCACAACACAUGUACUAGAUGUAGCUCACGGGUGUCCUGCUGCUGGAAUCGAAGUCCUGUUAGAAAUGUACAAUGCGAAACAGCUCAGCCCCAUGUUUGGCAAAUCAGAUAAUGACAAGUGGAUGGUUCAGGGUUCAUCAACGACCGAUAAAGAUGGCCGAAGCGGUCAAUUGAUGAAAAUAGUCGAUGAUUUGAACCCUGGUAUAUACCGAAUAAGCUUCAACACAGGAAAAUACAACCCAUUAGGUUUCUUCCCAUUUGUUUCCAUUGUCUUUGAGGUCAAAGAGGCCCAGAAAACUGAACAUUUUCAUGUUCCUUUGCUGCUUUCGCCUUUUUCAUUCUCGACCUACAGGGGCAGCUAGGUACCGGCAGGUGGCUGGGGGCGAAUAUCGUCUUGUCGUAAUGGUAAAACAUGUAGGGGGUCUUAAAGGUGCACCAACUUUAAUUUGAUUAAACUCAUUUGGGUGUUGUAAAAGACCACUAAUGUGUCAUUUUUAAUUAAACCGUACUUUUUAUAA